AUGUGGACUCUUCCUCUCGGUUGCCGCUCCCUGUUUUUGAUUAUGCCCCGCCCUUUCUCGGACCAUAUGCAUAUAGAAGGAGGGCGCCGUCUUUACUUUUCUUUUCGAACUGGACCCCAGUGUUGUGCAAAGGAAAAACAAGACCAACCCCCCUGCGGAUGCACGUGGUUUUGUAGGGAUAUCCUACUGUCUUCACUGCAUAGGGAACCACCUGAAGGAAUGGACUGCCUCCCUAUAGAAGGUUCCAUCGGAGGUCACAAAUACAGUGCCUUCUAUUGUCAGAAAUGUAAUCGGCAAUACGCGUCUACGUUGUUUGACGCCAUUUUCUUGGGGCAAUUGAGCAGGAACUAUCAUUUAUUUUCCGUCGCCGUUUGUUUAUUCACCAGGUUGGAAAAAUAUCUUCUCCUCCCACUGCCAGUUUGUUUAUUUGGGUCCACACAACGUUUGAAAAUGAAGAUCAAGCACACCUUUUUUACCGUUUUGUUAUGGUCUUUCGCAACAAAUGUGUUGGACGCCUUACGUCAGUGCAACCGUUAUGGUGAUUGUGGAGCUGUUCACUAUUGCCUAAACUCGUACUGCGAACCAUGUAUUCCAUGCAAAGACAUGUUCAAUCGUCAACCAGCGCAAUCUGUAUCUGGUAUGGCUAUUUGUGCUAAACAUGAAGAUGAUUGCGGAGGUUGUCUACCGGGCUAUCAAGCUGAAGAUUUAGCUCAGCAACGGCGAACGAUGCAUUGUUUUCGGCUGCCCGAAAAAGGGGAUGCACUGCCGGCGUCUGCCGUAUUUGCAACUUCGAUAACGACUAUACUGUCAGCCUUGGCGAUAAUAUGCAUCUUCGGCAUAUAUAUCAAAAGGAAAUUUGCGGCUCAAGAAAAGAAACGAUCCGGCGACCUCUGGUUACGUCCAAUCCCUAUACACGAGAUGAAUACAUUGAUUAUGGAUGACCUACCUACGUACGACGAAGCUGUUAACAAUCUUCCGCUCGUCUCUAAUUCAAACGUGAAGAAACAUGCUGCCGUUACGGAUGGUCAGGAUAGCAAUCGUGAGUUCAAUGCUGAAUCGGAUUUAUUAACCAAGUCAUCCGUGGGGGAAGCAGACAUAUCAACGCCUGUCGUGUCCAUCGAUUCUGUUUUGAAUCCACUGAUUGAAGAGGCUCUUCCGAUAAAUGGAAUGGGCUACAUACAUUCUGACAUUGAAAGUGCAGAUUCGUCUAAUGAAGAGCAACUGAACGACGCUGGGGUUUUACAACCGGAUCGUUCAUCUUGUUACACAAUUGCCGAUAAGUGGAUUGUUAAUCACCAAAUAACUUCGAUGUCAAAGAUAUCAGGGUUAAGUGUUAAAAACCAAACGGCCUACGUUAUGCCUCAGUCGCCACCUACACGUUUGUCACUCGAACCUGGGAAUAUCGAAAAUGGGAUUGAAAUAGCACCGUCAACAACAAAUUCGACAUUAGAAGGUUACCAACAUCGCCAUGGAUCUUCCGAAGUUAUGGAUGAGGAGAUUCUGAAGAGGAAAAAUUUAGAUUUUUUACCUGCGAUUGACCGGUCGCCUUUCAAACGGAUUGUAAACUGGGUUCUUCAAACCUAUCCCGACAAACCUGACAAGCACAUUCAUUUCCGUAAGCCUAAUUGGAUCCAUCGUGUGAAGGUCAAGGAUCGAAUGAUUCGGAAUUUGUAAGCCAGUCAGGAAGACCUUCCGUGAUUAUCAAAGCAUCAAAUCAACUAGAAACAAAGUGAGUAGUCCCAUGCCACUAUUAUUCAAAUCUAUUGGGCUAGCGAAUUUUAAAAUUUUCGGUCUUAAUUAGUACACUAUAAUAAGCAUGAUUGAAUAUAAUUUUGGGCACACAAUAGAUGGCAAUAGUUGCAUAUAAUAAAAUUAUAACACGCAAAUUUCAAUUACUUAUAAAUAUCGGUAUUAAUUUGUAAGUGGAAGUGUAAUAUUUGUAUCAGCAUUGUUGUUGGCACUUUGAAUUUUCUCGUUCCAUUCCCUCCCCUCAUUCUCUUUCUAUGGUCCGUUAUACAUCAAAAGUGCGCACUUUCUUUACCAAUAUACACUUGUAACUCACAAUAUACCUUAGUCCGAAAGCUA